GGCGGCAACCGGCAGCUCCCGAGGGCGGGUCCGUCGCUCCAGGCGCCGGGCGGACGGGAGAGGAAAAAGCCCGGGGGCCGCGGCGGGCGCGGGGCGGGGCGCGGGCGGAGGAAGGGGCGGGGGCUGCGGGCCCCAGGCCUCAGGAAGCGGAGGCCGCAGCGUGGGGACGCGAUGAGCUGGGCGCGUGGCCUCGGCGGGGCUCAGCCUGCAGGUGAGGAACAAAACAUGACAGAAACAGAUGCCUUCUUUAAGAGUGAAAGGUUUGAUCCAGCAGAAAAGUACAAAAUGGACCACAAGAGGAGAGGAGUUGCUUUAAUCUUCAAUCACGAGAGGUUCUUCUGGCACUUAACACUGCCGGAAAGACGGGGCACCAGUGCAGACAGAGACAAUCUUCAGCGCAGGUUUUCAGACCUAGGAUUUGAAGUGAAAUGCUUUAAUGAUCUUAGAGCAGAAGAACUACUACUCAAAAUUCAUGAAGCAUCAACCUCUAGCCACAUAGAUGCCGAUUGCUUUUUAUGUGUUUUCCUGAGUCAUGGUGAAGGCAAUCACGUUUAUGCAUAUGAUGCCAAAAUUGAAAUUCAGACAUUGACUGGACUGUUCAAAGGAGACAAGUGUCAGAGUCUGGUUGGAAAACCUAAGAUAUUUAUCAUUCAGGCGUGUCGGGGAAACCAGCACGAUGUGCCUGUCAUUCCUUUGGAUGCCGUGGAUCACCAGACAGACAAGGGGGAGGCCAAUGUCACCGAGGUGGACGCGGCCUCUGUUCACACGCUGCCUGCAGGAGCAGACUUCCUCAUGUGCUACUCUGUUGCAGAAGGUUAUUAUUCUCAUCGGGAAACUGUGAAUGGCUCAUGGUACAUUCAAGAUUUGUGUGAGAUGCUGGGAAAAUUUGGUUCCACCUUAGAGUUCACAGAACUCCUCACACUGGUGAACAGGAAAGUUUCUCAACGCCGAGUGGACUUCUGCAGAGACCCAAGUGCAGUUGGAAAGAAGCAGGUUCCCUGCUUUGCCUCAAUGCUAACAAAAAAGCUGCAUUUCUUCCCCAAAUCUACAUGAUAGGGGCUAUUACAUUUUCUGUAUCUGUACUGAAAAUAGAUUUCCCUUUUUAUACAAAUAUCACUAGGGUAAAGCUUAUGGUAGCAAUUUAAAAUGUUCUAAGGUUAAGGAGAGAACUUUUUAAAAAAAAUAGUUCAUACUGGACAUGGUAUAAGGGUUUGAUACAUAUAGAAACAAAAUCCUCAGGGAAUCUGUAAAUAAAAAUCCACAGGCAUUUGUAAUACUUGAUUUUUAUAGUAAAUUGCAGUUACUCAGAAUAUCUGGCCAAUUUAACUUGUAAUUUGUGAAGUUUUUUAUACAAGUGUAUGUGUUUAAAGGCUUUUGAAACCCAAAAAUUAAGUUGUUUUCCCUAAUACUUGAAAUUCAUGUUUCAUUAAAUUUUUCUAAUUCACA